UUUGUUUCUAUAGGGGCUUGUGUUGAUUUUGACCUUGGAAUGGGAAGUGGAAUAAUUCCAGAUAGUAAUAUAAACGCUUCUUCAGAACAAAGUGUUAGCACACCAGCCAAGAAUGGUCGACUGAACUUCACAUCAGGAUCAUCAUGGUGUGCAGCAACAAGCGACACCAACCCAUAUCUACAGAUUGAUCUACAGACACUUCAUAUCAUCUGUGCUGUGUCCACUCAAGGGAUUUCUCAAGCAGAUCAGUGGGUGAAGAACUACACGCUACAAUUGUCCAUGAAUGGGGCAACUUGGACAGACUACAAGGAAGGUGGACAAGUCAAGGUAUAUAGGAUAUAA